AUGGUAACGAAGCAAUUACUGUUAUCGCUUAAAACCCAUAUUUCAAAUGAAAUUUCAACACAUUUAGUGCCGAUGAAAACGACAUUGAGCAAUAUGGAUCGGAAGAUAAACUAUUUUUAUGAAUAUGCAACAAUGGAUAAAAUAUUGAAAUUAUUGAAAUUCAAAUAUGAAAUUGAAUUUAGUGGUGAAUAUUUACCAACACGUCGUUUGUUCACAUCACAUACAAACAAUGAAAUGAUGAAACAAUUUUUUUAUUAUUUUGGUACACAAAUGGAAAAAGUAUACAAAAAAUUAUGGAAUAAGUACAUUUCACUAUCAACAGCAAUAUCAUUAUGUCCGGACAAAAUAGAAUUUGAUAUGGUCGGUUUUGGCUACAAAGAUACAUCAAAAACCCACAUUGAUGUUACCUGUAAACGUUCAUCAUCAUUAAAAUUUAUCCAUGAAGAUAGUAAAGAUAGUGAAGGUAAACAUAUAGAAGUCAACGUAUUAUUGAUCAUGGAAGCAACAACAGCUAAAAUAUAUUUUGAUGAAAUAAUAUUGAAUUUAUUUCAAUCUUCAGUGCCAACAUUAACAUUAACAGAAGAUGUAUUCCAAAAUUAA